AUGAAAUCCCUUAGUAGUUGCGUUCAAGAAUUCAUUAAUCACCAUUCAUCAACGCUUUUCCCAUCAGAUAAUACAAUUGAUAUUCGUCGUCCUCGAUUAAAUAGAUUCAAUUCUGCUUCCACAUCAUCUGUUGAUAUCGAAGAUGAAGAUCCAAACCUCUUUGUUAUCACACCACCAAUUGAAUAUUUUCUUGAUCUUUCAUCUCGACAACGUCGUGAACAGUUUUUCAAAUUAGUUCAACCUGGUCAUUAUCUUGUUUGCAAUGUACUUACUGCUAGUGCACGCGAUAUGCUUGUACGCAUUCUAUGUUUUGAUGAUGGACAUCGACGAGCAUUACACGAUCUUAAACUAACUGCGACUUGUUUAUUGAAUACAUCAAGUAGUAAGAAUAGUAGUAGUUUUCGAAAAAAGAAUAAAUAUGAUCGAGAUGUGCAAGAAGUUAGCGAUGAUGACAAGGACGAUGGUGAAUAUCAAAGUGGAGAUUUUAUACGAGCUUGUGUCAAUCAUGUCGAUACACACAAAGAAGAAAUUCAAUUAACAAUUGAUUCAUCUACGAAUCAACAUCAUCCUUCGUCUAAACGAUUGGGAAUUAUCAAUGAAGAUGAUUUACCAAAGCAUUACACUUUAUUACGUCGACAAGAAGAACAACCUCAGUCAUAUGAAGAUAUUCUACAAACAUCAAAAGCACUGAAUAAUCGAGCGUGUGUUCAAACGCUUUAUCAACGAUUAAAAAAACGAUUUGAUUAUUUUCAUUCUGACAAUACUAAAGUUGAAUCAUCAAAUGAUAUAUUACAUAUGACAUUAGUGAAUUCAUUCAAAAAUAAACAAAUACCGUCGGAUGAAUAUUAUGAUAAAUUACGGCAAAAGCAAGAUCAUGCAUGGGCAAUGGAAAGUGUUGCGGUUGGCGUGCGAUUAAUGAAAGAAAAUGAUUCGAAUUCAGCCGUACUUCACUUCAAUAAAGCACUAAGUACAGAUCCAAAAUGUGUUGAUGCACUUGUUGCACGCGGUGCAUUAUCAGCAAACCAAGGUCAUUAUAAACGUGCAAUGCAAGAUUUUGAAGAUGCCCUUAAAAUCGAUCACAAACAUACGAAUGCAUUAAAAUAUUUACAUGAUGUAUUAAAUAAUAUAGCGAAUGAUACGGAUGAUCCCGAUAUUGCAAUACAUUAUCUUGAAAAAGCAUUGAAAUAUAAACCAGAUGAUAAUGAAGCAAAACGAAAAUUAGCGUCAUUACGUGCAAAGAAAAAAGAAGCGGCAAGAAAAUUGGAAUAUGGACCAAAUCUACCGUCGAGUUUGCAAUCAUCUUCGAAAGACAAAGCAUAUUCAAGAUCGCCAAAGAGACGAAAAUCAUCAGUGAAAGGUUCAUCGUCAAGUCACAAACGACCCAAACGAUCGAGUUCAAGUACCAGUAAUGGUAGUCGAUCGAGUUCAUCAUCAUCGUCAUCUUCAUCGAGUAGUUCUACAACAAGUGAUUCUUUAACAACAAUAUCCUCUUCAUCAUUAUCGGAUACGAUGGAAAAUAAAAAAUCCAUGAGUAUACCAAUAAUUGAUAUUACAGAAAGUGAUAAAUUGACUACUACUCGAACUAGUACUCAAAGUGUUUCACAUGAAAAGCCAAAUCCAAUCGAACGGCAACCUUCUAUAAAAGAACAAAAUAAUAAAAAUGGAAAUAGUCGGUUACAUUCCAAUGAUCAUUCAUCGAAAGAAAAACAAUCAUUUGAACAAAGAAAAACACUACCAUCAACUACUAUACAAUCGUCAUCAUAUAAACAACGACAAGAAUCUUCAUCAUCAAAUAAAAACAGUCGAUCUCUUCCUUCGGAUCGUGAAGCUGACGAUAUUGAAAAACUUUACAUGGAACUUAAAGCUAAAAAAUCUAUGGAAAAACAAAAAAAAUAA